UGAAGGCUCACACCAUAUGUGCCCCGUCCCUGUGCGCGCGUCUGUCGAGAGCCGGGUGCGAGAGGCGGCAGCGCGAGUGGGGACGGAGUCGAGCGGAGACCGAAGUCCGCGGGGAAACAGUGGGUCUGUGAGAAACCGAACCGAGGGCUGGGGCCGCGACUGCCGCUGACAGACGAUGGGGAAGAAACAGAAAAACAAGAGCGAAGACAGUGCCAAGGAUGACAUUGAUCUUGAUGCCUUGGCUGCAGAAAUUGAAGGAGCUGGUGCUGCCAAGGAACAGGAACCUCAAAAGUCAAAAGGGAAAAAGAAAAAAGAGAAAAAGAAGCAGGACUUUGAUGAAGAUGAUAUUCUAAAAGAACUAGAAGAAUUGUCUUUGGAAGCUCAAGGCAUCAAGGCUGACAGAGAAACUGUAACAGUGAAGCCAACAGAAAACAACGAAGAAGAAUUUGCAUCAAAACAAGAUAAAAAAAGGAAAGGACAGAAGAACAAAAAACCGAGUUUUGAUGAUGAUAGUGAAGAAUUGGAAGAUAAAGAGUCAAAAGCAAAGAAGAAUGUGAAACAAAAAAUAGAAAUAUACUCUGGGAGUGAUGAUGAUGAUGAUUUUAAUAAAAUUUCUAAGAAAGCUAAAGGGAAAGCUCAAAAAUCAAAUAAAAAGUGGGAUGGGUCAGAUGAGGAUGAGGAUAAUAGUAAGAAAAUUAAAGAGCGUUCCAGAGUAAAUUCUUCAGGUGAAAGUGGGGAUGAAUCAGAUGAAUUUUUACAGUCUAGAAAAGGGCAGAAAAAAAAUCAAAAAAACAAACCAGGUCCUAACGUAGAGAGUGGCAAUGAAGAUGAUGACUCCUCCUUCAAAAUUAAGACAGUGGCACAAAAGAAAGCAGAAAAGAAAGAGCGUGAAAGAAAAAAGAGAGAUGAAGAAAAGGCGAAACUACGGAAGCUGAAAGAAAAGGAAGAAUUAGAAACAGGUAAAAAAGACCAGAGUAAACAACGAGAACCUCAAAGGAAGUCUGAAGAGGAAGGUAUAAAAUCCAAAGUAACCCUUGAGACUGGCACUGUCUUUGAAGAGAAAGGAGAGACUCUGACAGCUAUAGAAGAUGACAAUGAAGGAGACAAAAAGAAAAAAGAUAAGAAGAAAAAGAAAACAGAAAAGGAAGAAAAAGAGAAAGAAAAGAAAAAAGGACCUAGCAAAGCCACUGUUAAAGCUAUGCAAGAAGCUCUGGCUAAACUUAAAGAAGAAGAAGAAAGACAGAAGAGAGAAGAAGAAGAACGGAUAAAGCGACUUGAAGAAUUAGAAGCCAAGCGUAAAGAAGAGGAACGAUUAGAACAAGAAAAAAGAGAAAGGAAAAAGCAAAAAGAAAAGGAAAGAAAAGAACGUUUGAAAAAAGAAGGGAAACUUUUAACUAAAUCCCAGAGAGAAGCCAGAGCUCGAGCUGAAGCUACCCUUAAACUUCUACAGGCUCAAGGUGUUGAAGUGCCAUCAAAAGACUCUUUGCCAAAAAAAAGGCCAAUUUAUGAAGAUAAAAAGAAGAAAAAAACACCUCAGCAGCUAGAAAAUAAAGAAGUGUCUGAAGCAGUGGAAUUGAAUUCUGUUGUAGAAGUUAUAGAACAAGGAGUACCAGAAAAAGAAGAGACACCAACCCCUGUUGAACCAGAAGAAGAAGAAGAAACUGAGGAUGCUGGAUUGGAUGAUUGGGAAGCUAUGGCCAGUGAUGAGGAAAGAGAAAAAGAAGGAAACACAGUCCAUAUAGAAGUAAAAGAAAACCCUGAGGAGGAGGAGGAAGAAGAGGAAGAUGAGGAGGAAGAAGAAGAGAGUGAAGAAGAAGAGGAAGAAGAAGGAGAAAGUGAAGGCAGUGAAGGUGAUGAGGAAGAUGAAAAGAUGUCAGAUGAAAAAGAUUCAGGAAAGACAUUAGAUAAAAAGCCAAGUAAAGAAAUUAGCUCAGACUCUGAAUAUGACUCUGAUGAUGAUCGAACUAAAGAAGAAAGGGCUUAUGACAAAGCAAAACGGAGAAUUGAGAAACGUCGUCUUGAACAUAGCAAAAAUGUUAAUACAGAAAAGCUAAGAGCUCCUAUAAUUUGUGUGCUUGGUCAUGUGGACACAGGGAAGACAAAAAUUCUAGAUAAGCUCCGUCACACUCAUGUCCAGGAUGGUGAAGCGGGUGGUAUCACACAGCAAAUUGGUGCCACUAAUGUCCCCCUUGAAGCUAUUAAUGAACAGACUAAAAUGAUUAAAAAUUUUGACAGAGAAAAUGUACGGAUUCCAGGAAUGCUGAUUAUUGAUACUCCUGGGCAUGAAUCUUUCAGUAAUUUGAGAAACAGAGGAAGCUCUCUUUGUGAUAUUGCCAUUUUAGUUGUUGACAUUAUGCAUGGUUUGGAGCCUCAGACAAUUGAAUCUAUCAACCUUCUCAAAUCUAAAAAAUGUCCAUUCAUUGUUGCUCUAAAUAAGAUUGAUAGAUUGUAUGAUUGGAAAAAGAGUCCUGACUCUGAUGUGGCUGCUACAUUAAAGAAGCAGAAAAAAAAUACAAAAGAUGAAUUUGAGGAGCGUGCAAAGGCCAUUAUUGUAGAAUUUGCACAACAGGGUUUGAAUGCUGCUUUGUUUUAUGAGAAUAAAGAUCCUCGCACUUUUGUGUCUUUGGUACCUACCUCUGCACAUACUGGUGAUGGCAUGGGAAGUCUGAUCUACCUUCUUGUCGAAUUAACUCAGACCAUGUUGAGCAAGAGACUUGCCCACUGCGAAGAGUUGAGAGCACAGGUGAUGGAGGUUAAAGCUCUCCCAGGAAUGGGCACCACUAUAGAUGUCAUAUUGAUCAACGGGCGUUUGAAGGAAGGAGAUACAAUCAUUGUUCCUGGUGUGGAAGGGCCUAUUGUCACUCAGAUUCGAGGUCUACUGCUACCUCCUCCUAUGAAGGAAUUAAGAGUAAAGAACCAGUAUGAAAAGCAUAAAGAAGUAGAAGCAGCUCAGGGGGUGAAGAUUCUUGGAAAAGACCUGGAAAAAACACUGGCUGGUUUACCUCUCCUGGUGGCUUAUAAAGAAGAUGAAAUCCCUGUGCUCAAAGAUGAACUGAUUCAUGAGCUAAAGCAGACACUAAAUGCUAUCAAAUUGGAAGAAAAAGGAGUGUAUGUCCAAGCAUCUACACUAGGCUCUUUAGAAGCUCUACUUGAAUUUCUGAAGACAUCAGAAGUACCCUAUGCAGGAAUUAACAUUGGCCCAGUCCAUAAAAAAGACGUUAUGAAGGCUUCAGUAAUGUUGGAACACGAUCCUCAGUAUGCAGUAAUUUUGGCCUUUGAUGUAAGAAUCGAACGGGAUGCACAAGAAAUGGCUGAUAGUUUAGGAGUUAGAAUUUUUAGUGCAGAAAUUAUUUAUCAUUUAUUUGAUGCCUUUACAAAAUAUAGACAAGACUACAAGAAACAAAAACAAGAAGAAUUUAAGCACAUAGCAGUAUUUCCCUGCAAGAUGAAAAUCCUCCCUCAGUAUAUUUUCAAUUCUCGAGACCCAAUAGUGAUGGGGGUGACUGUAGAAGCUGGCCAGGUGAAACAAGGGACACCUAUGUGUGUUCCGAGCAGAAAUUUUGUUGACAUUGGAAUAGUAACAAGUAUUGAAAUAAAUCAUAAACAAGUGGAUGUUGCAAAAAAAGGACAAGAAGUCUGUGUCAAAAUAGAACCUAUCCCUGGUGAAUCUCCCAAAAUGUUUGGGAGACAUUUUGAAGCUACAGAUAUUCUCGUCAGCAAGAUCAGCCGGCAAUCCAUUGAUGCACUCAAAGACUGGUUCAGAGAUGAAAUGCAGAAGAGUGACUGGCAGCUUAUUGUGGAGCUGAAGAAAGUAUUUGAAAUCAUCUAAUUUUUCCACAUGGGACAGGAAUUGGAGUAAAUUCAAUAUUAUGUUGUAUUAUCACCAACAAGCCAAGAAAACAAAAAGGAACAUAAGUAUCUGGACACUGAUGAACUUAGGUGUAUAAAAUGUUUUCCAUGAGAAACCAAGAAACUUACACUGGUUUGACAGUGGUCAGUUAAUGCGUCCCCACAGUUCCAGCGUGCCUGUUCACUCAUCCCUUGCCCUAACCUUCCCUACUUGGCUGCUGUUUUGAAGUUUGCCCUUCCCCAAAUUGGGAUUUUUACUACAAAUCUAAAAGCUCUUUCAAUUUUAUACUGAUUAAAUCAGUCCUGCAGUAUUUGAUUAACCAAGCUUCUGCAGAUUUUGUGAUUCUUGGGACUUCUUUGACGUAACAAACACGUCUUUAUGCAUAUUCCCAGUGAUUUUUUCAGCAUUCUUCUGCCAUAUGCCCUUAGCGAUUUUUUAAAAAUAGCAAAUAAGACAUUCUGGUAUUUCUUUAUCUGCUUUGUGUGAAACCAUGGUGUAAAACAUAGCUGGCUGCUUUUUAUUGCUUGUGUAGUCUUGAGAGUUGGUUGUAAUCCAAUUCCAAAAACCCAAUAAAGAAAACAGUCAUUGCAAUAACAGUAAGCUCUGUUAGGCUUCCAUGUUAGUAUAGCUUAUUGGCCUCAAAACAGCUCAGUGUUCUCAGGAUGAGGAUUUUAUCAAUCAUCAUACUUCUCUUCUGUGUGAUGAGCGUGUGUGUGUUAGAACCAUAGAUUGUACUCAGGGCUUCAAGCUCUCACUUGGCUUGCUUAUUACUUGAGCCAUGCCUCUAGUUUGGCACUGUUAGUUAAUUGCAGUCAGAAUCUUGAAUUUUUUUUUUUCAUCUGGGCUGACUUCAAACCUCAGAUCUUUAGAUGCCAGUUUCCUGAACACCUAGGAUUACAGGUUUGAGCCAAUGGUACCUGACCUAAAGGAUCUUGAUUGGUUUUAUCCUAGAAAAUCCCAUCCAUUUAGAAGUUUUCACAGCUGUUUCAGUUAUUUUGAAGCUUGUAUUGCUGCCCUGAGAAGGGGUCCACACUCCUUUUACUAGGAAACCUGUUGGAUAGACCUAGAGAUAGCUGCAGUCACUGUGUAUUGUUUGAGGAAAGUGAUUUUAAUUAUUCACUAACAUAGAAUUCUAAGUUUUAAUGAUAAAUAAUGAUAAAUUAAUCUGUGUUAUGGGAAAAUAACCUAAUAGGUUCAAGAGAUAGUCUCUAUUUUCCCAGGAAAACCAUGAAAGAAGGAAACAGCAUUUAGAAGCUUUACCCUUUAUUCCAACAAGUAGAUUCUUGUUACAGGACCUCAGCAAUUU